GAGUACGAGCUUGCGAAGCUCGGGCGCAUGCGCCGUCAGCGUGUCCAGACCGAGGAAGUUCAAAUGCCAAACCUGGACAAGGUGUGCCACCUGGGUCGCGGCGGGUUUGCUGAUGUGUACCUGAUGGAGGAGCAGGACACGGGCAAGAGGUAUGCUUUGAAGUGCAUCUCCAAGGGGCAUGUGGAGAAGCUCGAUGCGGUGCGACAGGUGUGCUGGGAGAGGGAGAUGCUCAUGGUGGUUGACAGCCCCUUCGUCAUUCGCUUGGUCCGCACGCACAAGGACGACGAGUUCUUGUACAUCCUUCUGGAGGCAGCCCUCGGUGGAACUCUCUACCAGUUGAUGAGACAGAAGCCGGAGGUUUUCUGUGACGAUCAGCCGAAGGGCAGCUCUUCAGCUUUCUAUGUUGCCUGCAUCAUGGCAGCUCUAGAGCACUUGCACGACAGGCGCAUCGUUUACCGCGACCUGAAGCCGGAGAAUGUCAUGCUGGACGAGCGCGGCUAUGCCAAGCUUUGCGAUAUGGG